ACUGAUAUAUCAGUUCAUGGGAUGAAUCACUCCAUGGUGUCAGAGUUUGUGUUCCUGGGACUCACCAACUCCUGGGAGAUCCAACUUCUCCUCUUCAUGUUCUCUUCCGUCUUUUACAUGGCCAGCAUGCUAGGAAACUCCCUCAUUGUUCUCACUGUGAUGAGGAACCCUCACUUACACUCCCCCAUGUACUUUCUGUUAGCCAGCCUCUCCAUCACCGACCUGGGAGUUUCUUCUGUAAUUUCUCCCAAGAUGAUUUGUGACAUUUUUAGAAAACAUAAAGUCAUCUCCUUUGGAGGCUGCAUCGCACAAAUCUUCUUCAUCCAUAUCAUUGGUGGUGUGGAGAUGGUGCUUCUUAUCGCCAUGGCCUUUGACAGAUAUGUUGCCAUAUGUAAGCCUCUCCACUAUUUCACUAUUAUGAGCAGAAAAAUGUGUCUUCUGCUUCUUGUGGCUGCAUGGAUAAUUGGCUUUAUUCACUCUGUGGUUCAACUGGGUUUUGUUGUAAAAUUGCCAAUCUGUGGCCCUAAUAUAAUUGAUAGCUUUUACUGUGACUUUCCUCGGUUCAUCAAACUUGCCUGCACAGACACCUUCAGGCUAGAGUCCAUGGUCACAACCAACAGUGGAUUCAUAUCCCUGGGAUCAUUCUUCAUAUUGAUUGUCUCCUACAUUUUUAUCCUCAUCACUGUUCGGAAACACUCUUCAGGUAGCUCAUCUAAGGCCCUCUCCACUUUGUCAACUCAUGUCAUGGUGGUGAUUUUGUUCUUCGGUCCUUGCAUCUUUGUUUACAUCUGGCCUCACUCCACGUCACACCUGGACAAAUUCCUUGUUGUUUUUGAUACAGUUCUCACCCCUUUUUUAAAUUCAGUCAUCUAUACAUUGAGGAACAAAGAAAUGAAAGUGGCAAUGAAGAAAUUAUGCAGUCAAUUUAUUAUUUACAGAAGGAUUUCUUAA